UCCAAAUUACCAUGUCCAUCAUCAACUUCACUUUGAAGGCCCUUUUAGAAUAUGAUCUGCAUUCCUACUUUAGUCCUGAAGCAAAUGUUGCAUUGUUAACCUUACUCGUGUUUGUUCUGGCAUUAUCGUUUUACAUGACAAGAAGAACUCCAUGUAAAGUUUACUUAAUAGACUUUGCAUGUUACAAGCCCCCGGAUACUCAGAAGUGCACAAAAGAGUUCAUGAUCCGGAAAGCUGAGCACAGUGGAUACUUCUCCAAAGAAAUGUUGGAUUUCAUAAAGAAGGUUUUUGACAAGUCAGGACUUGGUGACUCGACCUAUUUAUCGGAGAUCUACCUGAAAGAUGUUAAGGUCCCAAAUAUGAAAGAAGCAAGAAGGGAAAUGGAGAUGUCAGUCUUCGGAUCAAUAGAUAUCUUGUUGGCGAAAACAGGAGUAAGAUGUGAGGACAUUGGAAUACUGAUUGUCAAUUGUUGUAUUUAUAAUACUAUGCCUUCUCUUUCUAGCAUGAUAGUGAACCGUUAUAAACUUAAAGACAACAUCAUCAGCUACAACAUUGUUGGAAUGGGAUGUAGCGCAGGACUCAUGGCUAUAGGCCUCGCAGAACAACUCUUGCAGGUACAUCACGAUUGCUACGCAUUGGUGAUGAGUACAGAAAGUAUCACCGAGAAUUGCUACGUUGGAGACGACCGCUCCAAAUUCCUAACCAACUGCCUCUUUCGUGUCGGUGGAGCUGCCAUCCUCCUCUCCAACCGAAAAUCAGAUCGACGUAAUUGCAAGUAUGAACACCUUCACACUGUUCUCACAAACCAAUCAUAUUCUGAUCAAUCAUACAACUGCAUAAUACAAGAAGAAGACACUGCUGGAAGAACUGGAAUCACUGUCACCAAACACCUCUUCAAAGCAGCAUCAGCCGUCGUUACAUCAAACGUAACGACACUCGGAAAAUUGAUCCUUCCGGUUCAAGAAAAACUACGGUACAUAACAAACAACCUCACCCAAAAACUUCUACCGACGGAAAAAGUCAAACCGUACAUACCAAACUAUGCCGUCGCCGUCGAUCACUUCCUGCCACAUGUAGGCGGUAAGCCGGUUUUAGAUGAGUUACAAAAAAAUCUAAGGUUUGGUGAGAAUGUAAUGGAAGCUUCUAGAAUGACAUUGUAUAGGUUUGGAAAUACUUCUAGUAGUUCUAUUUGGUACGAGUUGGCGUAUGCAGAAGCAAAAGGUCGGGUUAAAAAAGGAGACCGUGUUUGGCAAAUGGCAUUCGGAUCAGGUUUCAAGUGUUGUAGUACGGUUUGGCGCGCUAGGAGAGCCGUUGGUUAUGAUGAGAUGAAUCCUUGGUCAGCUGAGAUCGACGAGUUUCCUGUUCAUGUGGAUUAUGAUGAUGGACCUUUGCCUGUGUUUUUUGAACCUACAAAGUGAAUAGAAGUAAGGUGAUUUAGUAAAUAUUAUGCAAAAAUUGUGG